UGAGUAGUAGCUUACAAAUCAUCCGUGGUUUAUUAUUAACUUAAAGUUAGGUUUCAAAAGGUUUGUCAUCAUAAAAAUCUUUCAUCACUAGCUUUGCAGCCAAUAGCGCCGCCAGACAGACGCCGCUCUUUUCUUCAUCUUCAUUCCGUCCUCAUCCUUCCCUAUACAAUUACUUCUUGCGCGCAUAUAUCUAAUAUCUACUUCUGAGUAUAUACACCCCCAUUAUUCCAAUAGUUCUCCUUGUGCGUCACUCAACACGACCUGGUUACCGGCCUUCAAGUAUCGUCCCUCCCUUCGGAUGUGAAAACGAUAUAAAAUCUUUGCAUCAAUCCAAUUUUAGAUAGUCUGUACCACCCGUAUAGCUUAUCGCAAACCCGUUGCGAAUCUCUAAGAGGGCUCUUCCUCUGGCGACCGUCCUCAUCUUGAAUUAUCCGCCGCCCAGUCGACCUCAUCUAUUACUCCCUCUAUGUAUCACCUAUAUAUAUCCUCCCUCCCAACCCUCUCGUGACGAUUGAUACAACCAAGCCAACGUACGACCACGGACUAAAACACAGAGCAUUCCCAGGCAUGAGGCUCAUCGGCUGGCGAUUACUCCUCCUCGAGACACUGCUAUGUGCGCACUCCCUUCUACCUGUCUCUGCCCUCCCGUCCUUGGUCCGCAAUCUUCAAAUCCGUAGGGAUGAUAAUGAGCCUCCUGAGGAGAAAUACUUCCACGAACCUGGCGGUGACGAUAUUCUGGGACAUUAUGAUACAAGGUUCUUCAAAGGUGUGGUUACGUAUGAGGAGCGCACGGAUACGCUGAUGCAUAUGACACGGGCGUAUUUGAAUUUCUUUAGGGAGAAUGACUUGGAGACGUGGAUAGCGCACGGCACGUUGUUGGGGUGGUGGUGGAACGGGAAGAUGCUCCCCUGGGACUGGGACAUCGAUACCCAAGUCAACACAUUCACGCUCUUUCGCAUGGUCGACAGCUUCAAUCAUACAAUCUAUAACUACCACACUUCUGCCCCAGACAACAACCAGACCCAGCGCAGCUACCUGCUCGACGUGAACCCGCAUGCCCGCCGGCGCGACCGUGGCCAGGGCCAAAACAUCAUCGACGCCCGCUGGAUCGACAUGCGCAACGGCCUCUUCAUCGACAUCACGGGUGUCAGCGAGCUCAACCCAGACACCGAACCGGGUGUCCUACAGUGCAAGAACUUCCACAAGUAUAAAACCUCAGACCUCUACCCAAUGCGCGAGAGUGUGUAUGAGGGCGUCCCCGCGAAGAUUCCGUAUAAGUAUCAUGAGAUUUUGAUUAGGGAGUAUGGGAAGAGUGCCUUUCUUGUUAUGGAUUAUGAGGACCACAAUUGGAUGCCAGAUCUGAAGCUAUGGGUACCAGAUAAGCAGCGAAUGGCCGCAACCGCGAAGCUCACACCAGAAGAGCGGAAAAAAAAGCAAGAUGAGGAGCGCCGGGUGCGCCAGGAGGAGAUUCAGAAGGAUUCCGGGCGAUGGGGCUAAUUUUAUCCCUCACUCCUUUGAAGAAAACAAAGUGUUUCCGGGGGUAUUUUGCAUCCGCCGCUCCCGUCCGCCCGUAACUACCACCGCUAUUUUGGUUGAACCGAAUAACAAGUGCGUUGCUUGUUGAAGCCCGGCGAGUCGCCGUGUCCAAGCAGGCAUUUCAUUUUUUCCCCUCCCUUCGACAUGAAAUCUCGAAAAAAAAAACCUUAUUUACAUUGCGAAUAUAUAUCCAUAUUCCUGAUAAACUUCAGUUUUAUCUUUGUUUGGGGAUAAAAUGUGUUUUGGUUUGAUUUGGGCGUCAACGAGCAUAGGCGAUUUGGGAUUUUAUUCCUUUCGUGGCCCGUUAUUUGGAAAAUUUUUGGACGCUUUUUGCUUCCCUUGGUUCAUAUUUACCUGUAUAUGGCGGCACAUAAUUUUUGGGGGUUAUUUUUGUUUUGGUUCCCAUAUACAUUGGUAGUAAGCAACUCUUUAUUUGUGGAGGAGAAUAUACCCUGCGUACUCAACACCGCAGCUUAUUUCUAAUUGACAAGUUUUUGAAUUUCGUUUCUUCUCUCGUUCCUCUAAUCUAACUUGUUUCAAUUUAAGCUUCAAGAGAGGCCGUGGUUGGUUUGAGAUACCUGGAAUGUAGGAGAAAAUCAUGUAAUUCUUGUCUUGUAGCAUUGAAGCAAGUUACUCUAAUC